CGUCCCCUCCCUGAGGGGGAGGCAGCUCGUCGCCGGGUUAAAAACUCCCCCCCCUCUGCUCGAAGUGUGUGUGUGUGUGAAUAUCGCCUCCCCGUGCCCUCCGGGCCUGGAGGUCCUCCGCCACCACCCACCUUCCCACAUAGCUGGGAACAGCGGGGCGCCCCUCCGCUUUGGCCUCCCCGAUCUGAUCCACAGAUUGGAAACGGGAGAUGAUCGGUGUGGAUUGGUGAUUUGGGGUUGUCGCCAGCGCAGAUCCAUGAUCAGCUUGAUCGGUAAUUUUUUUUGGAUCGUGCCCACCUCUAUAUCCAACCCACUAAACUGUGGUCAGUUUUGGCUAUACAAUGGUAUAGUUACAAAUGCUAAUCAGUUCAUACACUUUAUCUUACCAACUAACUAAACUUCUAUAGACUGACUCCGAAUACUUCAGUAAUGAAAUUUCAACAGGGUAAUAGGGGCCAGAAACAGUUAUCCAAGCCCUGGUUAUCAUGGUGCUGUUUCCCAGUAUGACAAAGAAAAAUUGGAGUAAAUUUGCUAUCCCUGAUCACUUGUAGCGAUUGGGUUGGAUCAAAAGGAAGGAUUUUUCCAAAAUGAGAAGGAUAUCUUUGAACCCACUCUUUAAUUUCUACUGAUGAUUGUCUUGAAAACUGACAGAAAAGAAUGAAAUUCUUUGAGAGGCAUUUCAACCAUCUAGCAUGGAAAUGUAUCUAUGACUGAAGUAAUUCCCAUAUGCAAUGAAGUAUCAUUUGAUAUAGGCUACAUUGUCUUUCCACUAAGUCCAUGUCCUAAUAUACCACGUGCGUAUAUAAGAAAUGCAUAAGGAACAUUUUCAUAAUUUGUGAAUGUUCUCAUCUCAAUGUUUCAGUUAUAGGGAAAGAUGAACUGAUGGAAGUUUUCUUGUUUCCAAUUUUUAACAACAACUGCGCUUAUAUACCGCUCUUCUAGACAGAAGACCUCUCAGAGCUAGAUCCGCCACACAGUGGCUGUUCACUUGCUGUCCUUCUUAACAAGAGACUAAAAAGGAUGCCCCAUUUAGUCAAAGUAUGUCAACAUCUUUGAAAAAUUUUGCAGGGGACAGCAAGAGAUACUCUUCCAAGUCAGAGUAUAAUGCAAAAUGAUUCCACCCAAACGUUGCUUAAGGCAAUCAUUUGAGCCCAGCAGCAAUCACAUUGGUCUGCCAGAUGGAUCCCUUCACUACUUUUACAUUUGAACAUGGACUUAAUUUGUACACAUGGGCUAAAAUUUCACCAGUCUCUUUACAGCUUGAUGACAUUCUUGAGAUACCAUGAGACUGAGCAUAUCCUUUCUUUUCCCAGAUGUCUGACCAAGGAGACUAUACUGAUUCCAUGAGAAGAUUACCCAUAUAUUUCAGCAUUCCCAUUUGGACAGAAUAGGCAUUGUAUGAAUAGGUAUUGGUCAGAAAAUUUGAGGUAGCAUGCCAAGCAGGUUCAGUUUGGAUAUAUAGACCAUAUUAUUUAUUGUUAAACAUUUAAUCUUAACGUUUUCAAAUUGUUUGACAACUGCAUAAGUCCCCACUGUCAUUCUGCAAAAAUGUUUGAUAUUUUAAAAUAAAUUGUUUAUUUUAACUGUGCAUGGACAAGGUCAUUAUAUUUUAAUUAGCAAAGCUGGAGUAAUGCUAAGGGAGAAAAAAAAGGGAUGAUCCCUGAGAAUGAUUUAUGCACGUAAAUCAAAACCUCAUUUUUAAAGAUCCCUCAACUUUCAAAUAGGCACUACUAGUUCUAAUCAUAAAAAGUUAAAAGUUAUUGUGCUUUGCAAAAUCAAACUGAAGCAUAUUGCAGUCCAUCAAACAAACAAAAUGUCAAUUAAGGUAAAUUUCUUAGAUCUUUUCCCAUCUAGUUUUAGGCCUGGUUAUGGAACCAAAACAGCCUCGGUUGCCCUGAUGGACAACCUGCUCCAGGAGAUGAACAGAGGGAGUGGGUUGGGAUUAGGAGGAACCAUUCUGCACUGGUUCAGUCCUACCUAGAAGAUAGGUUUCAGAAGGUGGUGCUGCAGGACUGCUGCUCAGUCCCUUGGUCGUUGGACUGUGGGGUGCUGCUAGGUUUUAUCUUAUCCCCUAUGCUCUUUAACAUUUAUAUGAAACUGCUGGGUGAGGUCAUCCAGAGAUUUUGGCUGCACUGUCACCAGUAUACAGAUGACACUCUGCUCUAUCUCACACUUCCAGCUAAUUCCAGGGAGGCUCUAAAACCCCUGAACUGGUGCCUGGAAGCAGUUUUGGAGUGGAUGUGGGCUAAUGAAGCUUAAUCCCAACAAGAUGGAAAUGCUACUGGUUCUUGUUUUAAGUUUAAUUUGUUACAAUCAAGGACUAUAUGGGAUCAGAGAUGAACUUAAUAGGACAUUCCCAGGUCCCUGUAUCUGAUGGAUUUUCUCUUUCUGAAGGGCAUCAUUUAUUUGGUGUGUUUCCAGAGCCAAUGACUUCUCCUGAGCAAUAUUCUGAUGCAUCCCCUUAUUCACAAUACAACACCGUACAUUUCUCUCCAGUGCAGCCGCCAGUCUCUUCACCUCAUUACUCCAGCCUUGGCUUUUGUUCCCAGCAGCCUGAAGAAUGGUACUCACCUGUAAUGUAUGAGUUCAGGAAAAUACCUUCUGAUAACUUUUUAAUAAAGGAGCCGGAACUGGGGGGCAUGCCUGUUGCCAAGAAGUCUCGAAUGGGUCCUUCCUCAGGAAGAGUAAAAGGCGAAGAGCUGUGUGUUGUUUGUGGGGACAAGGCCUCUGGGUAUCAUUAUAAUGCCCUUACUUGUGAAGGCUGCAAAGGAUUCUUCAGAAGAAGUAUUACCAAAAAUGCUGUAUACAAGUGUAAAAAUGGAGGGAAUUGUGAGAUGGACAUGUACAUGAGAAGAAAGUGUCAGGAGUGUCGUCUACAAAAGUGCAAGCAAGUGGGAAUGCUGGCUGAGUGUUUGUUAACAGAAAUACAGUGCAAGUCAAAGCGGCUAAGAAAAACUAUACCACAACCUGCAGACCAGACAAUUGGUGAAGAUAAUGAAGGACCUGAUUUUAAACAAGUCUCAUCUACGACCAAACUCUACAGGGAGAAAAUAGAACUAACCCCUGAACAGCAGAACCUUCUUCACUAUAUCAUGGAUUCAUAUAAUAAACAACGAAUUCCUCCUGAGGUUUCUAAAAAGCUUUUACAAGAGGAAUUCAGUGCUGAAGAAAAUUUUCUCAUCUUAACAGAAAUGGCUACCAGUCACGUACAGGUCCUUGUGGAAUUUACCAAAAGGUUACCAGGCUUUCAAACCCUUGGCCAUGAGGAUCAGAUUGCUUUGUUAAAGGGUUCAGCUGUGGAAGCCAUGUUCCUUCGGUCAGCUGAGAUCUUCAACAGAAAACUCCCUAUAGGGCAUGCUGAUCUCCUAGAAGAAAGAAUUCGUAACAGUGGUAUCUCAGAUGAAUAUAUAACUCCCAUGUUCAAUUUCUAUAAAAGUGUUGGGGAACUGAAGAUGAGACAAGAAGAAUAUGCUUUACUCACAGCAAUAGUUAUCUUAUCUCCAGACCGGCAAUACAUACAGGACAGAGAAUCCGUGGAAAGGCUUCAAGAGCCGCUGCUUGAAGUUCUGCAGAAAUUCUGCAAACUUUAUCACACAGACAAUCCUCAACAUUUCGCAUGUCUCCUGGGACGUCUUACAGAACUGCGGACUUUUAACCACCACCAUGCAGAUAUGCUGAUGUCUUGGAGAGUUAAUGACCAUAAGUUUACACCUCUUCUUUGUGAAAUAUGGGAUGUUCAGUGAGAAGAACGGAUUUAACAGUCAUUCUAGGCACAUUUAUCUGGCAUAAGUGGGACUUACUUCGAUGUAAAUGUGUUUAGGAUCUUUAUUUUAUAUAUAUACAUAUAUAUUUAAACCACCAAAAAGCAUUCAUAGUAAAUUUUCUUUAUUGGAGUUUACAAAGACUAUGCAAUGCCAUUUUCAUAUCAACAUUGUUCGUUAUUUGCCAAACAUUAUGUAAGACUUUCACACGGGAACCUGAGCCUCUUGGAACAAAAAAGGUAUCUUUCCUGCAUGCCUGAGGUAUACUGUUAUUCAUUCUGAUUGUAUCUCUCUGUCUUCCUUUGAAAAUCAUGAGAUUUCCAUGUUUGCUAUUCCAAAUGUUUCAUUAACAGACAAUGUUGUAGUCACUGUAAGGAUUUAGUAAAAAUGAG